AUUUUCUGUUCUGAUAAAAUAAUGCAGCAACAUGUAGUCAAUUUAAGUCACCCACUUAUAUGCCUUGCCCUUAAGAAUGGUCAUUGCAUUUAGUGUUUUUUUUUCUGAAAUGAAGUGAAAGGAAAAAGGGCGUACUGUGUUCUCUAAGUGUUAUUAUAUAUUACAACAGUUCAGCAAGGUUUUCAAAUUUGCAGGCUGUUGCUGAGAAAACAGUGUGCAUGCUUAUGCCUGAUGUUUUAACAUCAACUUUGAUAGCAUUUGAGGGUAAGAGGUUGCAGUUAACUGGCAGGAAAUGCUAGAUAAGUGUUUUUGUGAUACUAUUAAGCUUUGUAUAAUCAGAAAUGAAAUGCUUGGGGGUGUUGGUGUCUCCAACCUCCCUGUUUUUCAUAACCAUUUUCUACUAUUUUGAUAAAGUACCUACUUUCCAACGUCUUGGAAAAUGCCAGCUGUAUUUUUUAUCCUGAAACAAUGAAAUAGGUACCCAAAUUUCAGCAUGAUCCCAGUAUAUUGUCUGCCUGUCAGAUGUAUGUUCCUGCUAUACUUAUGAAAAAACUUGCUAAAUAUUAUUGGCAGGCAUGAUGCCUACUGUCCAUUGCCAGUUGCCACCUGCCAGCAGGCAGCAUCUGUCAGUGAUAUGAGCUAUGCUGUGACACCCCUGUUGUGUUCCAGACAGAGCCCCCAGACACCAGUCACCAUGGUGCUGGCCGUGCAGCUGACCGGCUAUCUGGUGUCAGUGUGUCUCAGCUUUGUGGUGCUGGUGCCUAUGCUACUCAACUUCAAGGACUUUAGAUACAAAUGUCUGCUGUUCACUGCCGGUGACUUCCGCGAGCAGGAUGGCCAGUUUGUGCCGCAGUGGGCGUCCAACAUCUACUGCUACUACGUCAUCUUCAUGUCGGCCACGCUGACGCUCAUCUGCGUGCUGCAGGCCGUGCGCACCAUGCUGUUCCUCCGCCACGACACGGACACGUCAUUCUCGGGGGCGUUUGUUGAGAUGAUAGUGUGCAUUUUCACGACGCUCGCCUCCCUGGUGGCUGCCCUGUUCGUCACACUGGGCUACGAGGUGUGGUGCGACAACAUCACGAAACGAUUCGCCACGUGUUCUGAUGCCACCCAGAAUCAGAUAGACGUGGCCGAUAACAUCGACACGGCCAACUUCUACCUGGAGAUCGGCAUGGCACAGUUCGGCGCCUGGUGCCUCUGGUCGGCAUCGGUGGGACUCUGCGUAUGCGCCGUCCUCAAGAUGUGCAAGUUCCAUCAGGACGAGAACAUCCGACUGAGCAUGGCUCACGAGCGUGAGCGACAGCGGAUCAUCCGCGGCGGGCGCACCACCUCCCGGUACGGGCCCAUGGUCGAGACGGCCGACGCUGGUGACGCCUAGCGGCGCCGCGGCGAACUACCGGUGGUCGGACCGAGAACAAACGGUGGGUGGCGCUGCGGUGGUCGGCCGUCCCGCUUUGAGCCGUGAGUGCCAUGUCAGCACGAUGUGAAGUGUUCUUUCCGAAAGUAUUUACGAUACGUUCAACUACGGGCUGGCUCGUUUCGCUACGUUCUCAAACCAGUUCAGCUGCUGCGUUGUCUGGGGAAACCGUUUAGCAACAUUUGAAGAACCGGCGUUCUGGCUGACUUAUUUGAAAUUUCAGUUCAUUUCAGCGUAGUGUAGAGUUCGUAGCCGCAACGGGGCUGGGCGUUCUCUCAGAGUCGGUACCUGAGCGCCCUGUCGUGUACUGUGCCGAUGUCGCCGGCCUCAUCUCGCUUCCGUGCGUCUCCUCGUCUCUCCUUGUGGGCCGUGUCUGCACUGUAGUAGUGUCGGCUCGUGUUUUCCCUGCGGUCAGACCGUCUCUAGGUGUCCGCCGGUCCCCAGUGGCGCCUUUCCUGUGUUCGGACGGCCGAUCGAAGACCGGGCUGGCUCGCUUCUGUUGUGGUCAGUGCGGUAUAUCGACCAGGGACUAUCGGGACGGCGGUGGGGUGUUUUGUACGUUUGCUGCGAAUUAUGAGUAGGUGCAGUCAAGCCCAAGGCUUCACGAUAUUGGGUACAGUGUAGCAAAUUGUUUAACAAUGUUUGUCUGCCUGUGCGUCGAUGCACUGCGCAGCUGUUGCAUGCAUAUAUUGUAUAUUGUAAUGUAUAUUUCGCCAGUCUGAUCUUGGCGACGCGUGUCAAUAGUAUGGCUAUAUAGUAGCAAUAGGUCCAUUAUUUAUUAAUACGGGAAUGGCACCUCCAUCCAUAGGCUGUUGAUGACACCGUUUGUGUGUGUGGUUUGUCGGUAAAUGGUGGAAUUUCACCAAUCGCCGAUAAUCAUUUUCUUCGGCUAGGCUAUGUAAUGUAUAACGCCAUUCGUGCAAAGAGUCCAUAACAUACAAUAUAACUUAUGUGUAAA